GAAGUUUCCCGAAGUGCGCUGGAUUAUUCUACACUGCUACCUUUGGAGAUGUUUCCGUGAUAAUGAGCAAGAACUUCCGCACUACGCAGUGAAUAUGGAGUGAAUUCGGUCAUUUGAGACAGAGCGCCAAUGGCGGUCAGGUUUGAGAGCGCGAGCUCACGUUUUCCGCCCAACGUCACUGUUUACAAACAGUUUUACAGGAAGUGAGACAUGCAAAAACAAACAAACCGGAAGUGCAGUGGAUCUUGUGCUGACGGCGACACGCAGCGUUGCGCCUGCAGGGCGACUUUAACAGCUGAACGCCGAGGAGGAGGAUUUACUGCUGACGAGUUUCUAUUUGAAUAAUAAUAAUAAUAAUAUUAAUAUUUAUUUAAAUCAGACUGAUACAGACGCAGAGUUUACACGGAUUGACGACUCGCAGAGUCUUCGCUCCACGUUCAGGUUCACGCCGAGGAACAGAACAAUGACCGACGUCGUCGGUGCAUGAGCUCUCGUGCGAGGUUUUAAAGACGUGGUGUGAAGAAGAAGACGUCGGUGCGAGUGAGGGGCGGAGCAGCAGGUCGACGAGUAGAUGAUCAGGUUAACAAGAUCUCGGAUCUCACCGCGUGACCGGACGGAGGACGGAGAGAUGUCGAGGUGACGCUGAUUCUUUCUCCUGAUAAAGUGUAGUUGAAUGAGUCGAGACUCAGGACGGUCCACACUGCCACGCCCGUCACACAGCGGCUUCCCCGUACUCCCACUGCCUUUCGAACCGCCCCAUUAGCUGCGAGAUCAUGGCGGAACCCUUGUCGGACCCCACCGGCGUCCCGCAUGAAGAGAAACGGACGAGCGAAAACGACAAAGCGAGCGGCAGAAGAGGCGACGACAACGACGGAAUGACGUCGACCGAGACGUCAGACGGUGGCGUGAGCAGCAGGAGCCUUUCCGAGAGAGAGGAUUCGGAGAUCACGUCGUCCGUCAGCAGCGUCGUGGACGAGACGCCGUCUGUGUCCACAGACGAACCUCCGGUGUCUGUGAGGUCGGAGCCGGAGCAAGCGCCAUCAACGAGCAGCGAUGUGACGAGUGAAGAGGCGGGGCAGGCUGUGGUGUCGACGCCCCCUUCUGUACCGCCUUCAGUACCUUCGUCUGCCCCUCCCUCAGUACAAGAGCAUUACUACGUCAAGUGGAUCACGUGGAAAGGGGAGAAGACUCCCAUCAUCACACAGAGCGAAAACGGACCCUGCCCCCUGCUGGCCAUCAUGAACAUCCUUUUCCUCAGGUGGAAGGCGAAGUUGCCCGUCCAGACCGAGGUCAUCACCAUCGAGGCGCUCAUGGCGCACCUCGGAGAGUGUGUGUUGUCCAUUAAGCCCAGAGAGAAGGCCGAGGGCAUGGAGCUCAAUUUUCAGCAGAACAUGAGCGAUGCCAUGGCCGUCCUGCCGAAGUUAUCCACGGGUCUGGACGUAAACGUGCGCUUUACGGGCGUGACGGAUUUCGAGUACACGCCCGAGUGCAUCGUGUUCGAUUUACUGGACGUUCCUCUGUAUCACGGCUGGCUGGUGGACCCACAGAGCCCAGAGACGGCGUCUGCGGUGGGGAAACUGAGCUACAACCAGCUGGUGGAGAAGAUCAUUAUCUACAAACACUCCACAGACAGCAGCCAAGUGAGCGAAGGUCUGAUAGCGGAGCAGUUUUUGGAGUCGACGGCGACCCAGCUGUCGUAUCACGGCCUGUGUGAGCUCAACACCACCGCCAAGGAGGGAGAGCUGUGUGUGUUCUUCAGGAACAACCACUUCAGCACCAUGAUCAAGCACAAGGGUCACCUGUACCUGCUGGUGACUGAUCAGGGCUUCCUGCAGGAGGACACCGUGGUGUGGGAGAGUCUCCAUAACGUGGAAGGAGACGGGAAUUUCUGCGACUCUGAAUUCCGACUGUCCCAUCCGUCCCAGAAGAUCGCGAGCAGGCCGACGGCGCAGCAGCAGCAGAUGCAGAUCGAUCAGGACUACCUGGUGGCCAUGUCUCUGCAGCAGAGUCAGGGUGAAGCUCCUGGACCUUUGAGUGAUCUGGAGUUAGCGAGACAGUUACAGCAGGAAGAAUAUCAACAACCUCAACAACCUCCACACACCUCCGGUGAACAGACGAGAGGAGGACAGGUGUCUCAUCACGGAGGACGGAGACGGCAGGGUGAGAAGAAGGACGACUCGGACUGUUCCAUCCUAUAAGUCAGGAAAACACACACACACACACAUUAACGUUUAUAUGCAACAGCACCAGAAGACGCCGAUGCCACGAAUAAGUUUGAAAACGUCCACAUUAUUUUAUCUCCAGGGAAUAUUUUGGUGAAAAAUUAAAUGCCCACAAGUGUAGAGGAUCAGCCUGUGUGUGUGUGUGAGAGAGUGUGAGAGAGUGUGAGAGAGUGUGAGAGAGUGUGAGAGAGUGUGAGAGAGUGUGAGAGAGUGUGAGAGAGUGUGAGAGAGUGUGAGAGAAAGUGAGAGAGAGAGAGAGAGAGAGAUGUUUGUUUUUUUAGCUUUGCACUGGAGCUACCAUGCUAAUGUAGCUAACGUUCUGGAAGUCUGUCUCACCUCCGUUAAAGGUCCAGUAGCAAAAAUGAAGUGUAUAUGAGCUGUAAGUGUUUCCUGAAACCACCGCAGUGACAAAAAUCUCAUUAUUUUAUAACCGUCGAUUAAACGUUGCCAUAACUGUAUAAUGUCAUGUUUAUGUUUUACGGUGAACUGCAGGAGAGAAAAGCAAAAUAAAAUGCACAGGAUUAUGAUUCAGUUCAGUUACACACAUACUUUGAUUCAGAUUCAGUUCAGUUACACACACUAUGAUUCUGAUUUGGUUCAGUUACACACAAUGUGAUUCUGAUUCGGUUCAGUUUCCCAUAGUAUGAUUCUGAUUCAGUUCAGUUAACCAUACUAUGAUUCAGAUUCAGUUCCUUUACACACACACACGAUUCAGAUUUGGUUCAGUUAAAAGGAUUAUGCACCGUGAUUCAGAUUCGAUUCAGUUUGGAUUCAUUUCAGUUACUCACCCCAAGAUUCAGAUUCCUUUCAGAUUCCGUUCUGAUACACACACACACACACACACACACACACACACACACACACACACAUACACACACACGGAGUGAUUCAGACUGGGUUUGAUUUAACGCUCCAUGAUUUGUAUUCAGUCUGAUCAAAUAAGACGUGCUUUGUCUUAAAGGAGCGAUAUUUUCGUCUGUUUAGAGGAUUUCAGAACGUGAUUAUAAAAUGGCCUGAAUGUUAAUCAGGACACAAGCGAGUGAACACGGGAAACGUCAGUAAAUUAAAUUUCCUGCAGUGUGAUUUAGUAGGAAUAAACGAUGCUAACGAUGCUAUUGAUGCUAAUGAAGGGCUUUCUGUCUCGCUUGGUUGUGAUUCUGAGUCUUACUCAUUUAUUUGCUUUGUAUUUAAUUUGUUAAGAAUAUAUUAUUGCAGUAGAUGAAAUGAAAACACUGUCGGAUCAGCGGCGUCUGUCACUGUGCAAAUAAAAAACUGUCUUAUUAAAGCUUUUAUUCAACAAAA